CAGUGGCAGUGAGCAGGAGUAAACUGGAGACCCCCUCACGGAAAACUGUGGUGACUGGUGUGCAGCUGCAGAAAUGCGCGACACAGAAAAACAAGGAGAAACGAGGGAAAUGGAAAGAGAGGACAGGGAAAGGAAGUGACCAGUGAAUAAAAAUCAUCUGAGAUGCUUCGACACACCGAGGAACACCCUCUUCGCCGCGCACUUUGGAGAUAAAAACGCGAAGAAGCUCGGAUCGCGCAUUGAUCCGUAUACAGGGGACGGGAGGGGUCGAUCAUGGGGAACGAAGCCAGCCUGGAAGGAGGCGAUGGGCCGCCGUCUGGGCUACCGGAGGGGCUGGCACCUGACGGGAAGGGCGGCUUUGUCCGGGUCUCCGAUGGGACUCCGGUCAACCUGAGUGAACUCAGCGAGGAGCAGAGGAGGCAGCUCGCCGCGGCGAUGUCAAGGGCGCAAGGCAGGCAGCCCGGAGGCGCAGCAGCUGCACGAAGACCUUCAGAAUCUGAUGCCCAGCGAACCCAGCAGAUAGGGGCCUCCAGGGGCCCAACAGGUCUAAGUAAGAGCCGAACUGUAGACGCCUUCAACCAGGGUCCAUCUGGUAAGCCCAUACCGGGCCGCAGUCCCUCAUCCCUCAGCCUUUUUGAAUCCAGAUUCCGGCAGGAGCCAAAAGACCCUGAGACCAAGUCAUCCGGCAUGUUUGGCUCCAGCUUCCUCAGCGGGGCCAACCCCCUCAGUGCCGUGUCAUCUAUGACUUCCUCUGUCUCCUCCUCCAUAUCCUCAAUGGGCGACAAUGUCAACAUGCCCAAGUUUGGACUGUUUGGGGAUGAGGAGGAGGGAGAUGCACCUGCAGCACCUGAGUCCAAGCAGGGAGGAAAGUCACCAGGGAAGGGCCCUCAGCAAGGGCCAGGGCCAAGGGGACCACAACAGGGAGGACCCCAAAGACAGGGUCAGGGCCCCCCUGGGCAGGGGCCAAGGCCAGGGCAAGGACCCCCUGGGCAGGGACCCAGGCAAGGUCAGGGUCCACCAGGGCAGGGUCCCAAAUCAGGCCAGGGUCCUCCUGGCCAAGGACCCCCUGGGCAGGCCCCCAAAUCAGGCCAGGGUCCUCCUGGUCAAGGACCCCCUGGGCAGGCCCCCAGGCAAGGUCAGGGACCACUAGGCCAAGGACCCCCUGGGCAGGCCCCCAAACCAGGUCAAGGUCCACCAGGUCCAGGUGUCAAACAAGGAGGUCCUCCCCCACAAAAAGGUGGCCCCCCACAACAAGGACUUGGGAAGCCUGGACCCAAGCAGCAAGGACCACCUGGCCCCAGGGCUCAUCCUGGGGAGCCAGCUAAGAGCGGAGGCCCUCCUGGUCAGCAGGGGCCUGGAAAGACUGGAGGUGGACUCUGUCCACUGUGUAAGACCACCCAGCUGAACACCGGAUCUAAGGACCCUCCUAAUUACAAUAACUGCACUGAGUGUAAAAACCAGGUCUGCAGCCUUUGUGGGUUCAGCCCCCCAGACUCAGCGGGUAAAGAGUGGCUGUGUCUGAACUGCCAGAUGCAGCGAGCGAUGGGAGGUAUGGAUCCCCCUGGCAUGACGAAGCCCAAACAAGGCUCGGCCCCACCCUCGCCCCAGCGACAAGCACCUGGCAAGCCUGGCAAGCUGCUGAUAAAGCAGCAGAGUACCACCGACCCAGGGUUAACGCCACCAACCACGCCUAGACAGAAAUCCCCGGGUCCUACCUCUCCUGGACCAGUUUCACCAGGCUCCUCAGUAGGAUCCCCCAAAAUUGACCCCAAGACAGGUCGUCCCAUUCAGCAGAAGUCCACUCCCCAGCAGUCUCCUGCUAAGGCCAAACAGGAGUCCAGCUUCUUUGGGGGUUUAGGAGGUAUCAGUUUGGGAGGCCUGACAGAUGCGGCUAAACCUCCUGCGGCUGCUUCACAAGCUGCCGAGUCUGUUACAGGGAAACUGUUUGGCGGUUUUGGUGGUUUAAUGGAAACAUCGAAGCCUCAAGCACAGGCUCCGCCAAAACAGGAGGAGUCGGUGACCGGGAAGUUAUUUGGAGGUUUUGGAGGGUUGACAGAAUCCGCAAAACCUCCCGCUGCUGCUUCUCAGAUGUUCAGCUUCGGAUCGUCACUCUUGAGCUCAGCAACAAAUCUUGUCACUGGAGAGGACGAAAAGGCAGCAGAUUCUCCCCCUGGGUCGCCGCCAGACUCCCCUGCUGACUCCGGAGCAGGUUCCCCUCCUGACUCCCCCUUCUCUGCACCUGGAUCUCCCCCUGAUUCGGACUCUGCUCCUGACACCCCACCUGCCAAAUCCAAGAAACCCCCCAGAACCAUUUCUGUGGAGCAGGAAGACAAGGCCCCACCGGCCAAACCUGCCCCUGCACCUGCCCCAGCCUCAACGACCAAGGAAAGCUGCCCUCUUUGUAAUGUGGAGCUGAACAUCGGACCAUCGGACACGCCCAACUUCAGCCUCUGCACCGAGUGCAAGAAGACAGUGUGCAAUCUGUGUGGAUUCAAUCCUACUCCCCAUUUAGGAGAGAAAGAAUGGCUUUGCCUCAACUGUCAGACCCAAAGAGCCAUGUCAGGCCAGCUGGGAGACAUGCCACCUCCAUCCAUGGCUUCCCCAAAGAAGCAGCCACCUGCUCCUGCUCCUGCUCCUGCUCCCUCUGCCACCCCUGCCCCUGCUGCUGUAGAUAGCAAACCUGUAGUAGAAGCAGCAGACCCAACCCCACCUGCUCCUGAGACCAAGCAGGUGAAAACAGUGGAGACCCUGAAAGAGCCUGGAGAUAAAGAAAUGGCUGCAAAGGAGAGCAGUCCCACCAGCCCAUCAGACCUAGCAAAGCUGGAAAACACAGUCCUUCCCAUUCUUGAGGCCCAGGCAAACACACAACUGAAGGAUGAGGAGGAGAAACUAACAGACACCCUAAAGACCAGACGUAAAUUAGAGGUCCUUCCUCUCUCACCUGACUCGCCUAGCUCAGAAGAUGACAGAGAACUAUCUGAGAAGAAUACCAAAGGUACCACAAAGAAAAAGCUCCUUGUCCCCAUGGAUGUCAGAGCAGAUUCCCUGGAUGAUAGCAGUGAAAGCUUUGGAAAAGAAAGCCCAAUGUCAGGGGAUGAUGAAGAAUUUAUUCGGAAACAAAUAAUGGAAAUGAGUGAGAAUGAGGAUGCUUCCCCAUCUGAUGAGGAAAACCGAAUCCGGCGAAAGAUCAGAGAGAACGAGAAAAAACAAAUGGAGCAGAAGAAAACAGAGGCUGUAGAGAGGAGCACGUCAGGAAAAGCCCGGCGACUUACAAAGAAAAGCACUAUAAGUCCAGAUGAUGGAGAGGAUAAACAACUCCAUGGCUCAUUGGAUAAACCUGACAUAGACAAAGGGGGACCAGAAGCAAAUGAAGAGGAGAAUCAAAGUGGUACUGCAGUUCGCAAAUUCCAAAGUAUGGAGCUGAAUGCAACCAGCUGCCCUAUGCGCAUAACUAAUGAUGAUGGAGAGCUUGAAAUGGAAAGCCUUACAGACUCUCCAGAUGAUCGGUCUAGAGGUGAGGGGUCAUCCAGUCUACAUGCAUCCAGCUUCACUCCUGGGACAUCCCCAACAUCCCUCUCAUCACUGGAUGAAGACAGUGACAGUAGCAGUCCCAGCCAUAUCCGUUCUGAUGAAGGUAAACAACACAGGAAAGCCAAACACAGACAACCUGGUCAAAUGCUGCCAACUAUUGAAGACUCCUCUGAGGAGGAAGAGUUACGGGAAGAAGAGGAGCUGCUCAGGGAGCAAGAAAAACAGAAGGGCUCAGGGAAAAAAUCCAAGAAAGACAAAGAAGAGAUUCGAGCACAGAGGAGGCGAGAGCGCCCGAAGACACCACCGAGCAACCUUUCCCCCAUUGAAGAUGCCUCACCAACUGAAGAACUGAGGCAAGAAGCUGAAAUGGAAGAGAUCAGACGAUCAUCCUGCUCGGAUUUCUCCCCUAGUAUUGAAUCAGAUCCCGAAGGGUUUGAAAUCCAUGCUGCAAAGAUUGCAGCAGUCCAGAAAACAUAUCAGCUGCCUACAUCUGUAUCUCUUCACUCCCCAACAGAAGAUCAAAAUACUGAUAAAUCACAGAAAAAAUCUCUUAAAUCUGCUGAUGAGGCUUAUGAGGAAAUAAUGCUGAGGGCUAAGUCUCCAACCCUUGAUAAAGGUGAGAUUCAACCAGGAAAAGAGUCCCUUUAUGGAGGCAUGCUCAUUGAAGACUAUGCCUAUGCAUCUCUUAUCGACAAUUCAGCAGUUGAUUUUGGAGAGCCAGAGAAGAUUGUUGUUCCCUCUCAGACCAAAAAGCUGAGAUCACCAGAUGAAGUUUAUGAAGACAUGAUAAAGAAGAGGAAGGAAUUCAUGCAGCUGGAGCAGGAAUAUCAAAAUAUGCAGCCGAAAAAGGAAAGCACUAAUCCAGAAAUUGUGUUGGAACCUGCUGAAAACACCUUCACUAAAAGCAGUCCAGUAACACUGGCCAAAGACGGGAAGCCAUUGUUGGAUGCUGAAGCAGCCUAUGAAGAGCUAAUGAAAAGAGUGCUGACUCCCGGAACAAGUCCAACUCAGCAGGAGCCAGAAAUGGAAGCCACCGCAUCUAGAAGGGCACUCCACCCCAUCCCGGACUUAAAGGUGACGCAGUGCUCUUCAGGAGAGUUGUCCUCUGAUGACGAGAGUAUGAUAAGAAAGGAAGAGGAGAUUACUCCAGUAUCAGACACAACAUCACCAACAGAAACUGAACCUGUUGGAGUGUUUUCUGAGUCUUCUCCAUCAUCCACAGCGGAUCAGCAAUCUCACACCACAAUUGCAGCAUCCCAGGCUGAUGUUGUCGACUUAUCUAGUGCAUUCACAAGAGUGUCGGUCCCUGUUAUUGCCAGUGUAUCACCCUUGCCCACAGUUCCCCAGUACACACCCAGUAUUCCCAGUGUAGUGUCAACUGCCCCACCUGUGCCCCCUAAGCCAAGCGUCCUGCGUAGGGCUAAUUCUCAGGAAAAAGCAGAAGUACCUGUUGCACCACCACUGCCUCCCCCCACCCCACCAAAACCUACUGUUUUUCCCAGGAAACCUCCAGUUCCACUUCCACCUCAGGCUUCAGCAGCUCCAACCAGACCAGAGACAGUGGCUAUGACUACAGCCCAAGGACCACCUACAAGACAAGCAGUUACACCAACAUACAAACCUCAUGUUCCCCCUCCUGUUCCCCCAAAGCCAUCCAUUCCUGCUGGGAUUGGCGAUAGCCACAGACCAGGACAUGGUGUCAAACCACCAAUUGCACCAAAGCCUGGCUCACAGCCUUCUUCACCUGCCCAUGUCCCACAUCCACCAAGACCAACUGCACUUCCCACUGGUCCUCCUGACAUAGCCCUCAAUCUGAGCCCCUCUUCUGAGACCAAGCAGUUUCAGCCCUCACCAAAGUCUCCUUCUUCUCCAAGAUAUGCCAGCAAUCUUCGUGACACAUAUGUGGUCAUCACACUGCCAUCUCAGCCCAGCUCUCCAGUAGACAGUGUCUCAACUCAAGCUCCCAGUAGCCAUGGCCCAGCAUCUCCUUCACACCAAGCUCAGCCCCAAAGUUAUUACCAACCACAGCCUCAACCUCAGUCAUAUCCACAGCAGCAUCCAAAACCAACCCCUCCUCAAACAACCAGGGUGCCUCUGGCAUACACACGAGUCACAGAAUCCAUUGAAAGCCAAGAGAUUUGUGGCCCAGAAAAACACGUAUCUAGUUCUUGUCACAUAAUUGAGGCUAUAUCUGCCUCAGCACAGCCACCUGUGGUUAUGCCUAACCUCAUCUCUCAAGUGGUCACCACAGAAGUCCAAAGGACAACUGUCUCAGUUGUUCAUGAAAGGACACCACCACCAGUGCCGGCUCCAAGGGCAAAUGGUGUCCCAAUCUCAAUGGAGAAACCUAAGUCCCCAAUGCCUGCACAGAAUGGACAGGCCUUCCAACCUUCUGAGGUGGUAGAUCUUAGGACUAUGAAGGUCGACCCAGAAUCAGGCAGGAAUGGUGUGGAUCUUUCUGCUGGCACAGACUCAAGACGUCAGUCCUUUGUGACUGAUGUCAGUCGCCAAAACAGUGCAGUGCAGUCAUCGGUGGUCAACCUCAGUGCUGAAUCAUCUACUGUCUCUAUAGUGACGGAUAGUAUCACCAUUGUGACCUGUGCUGCAACACUCCAGCGAUGUGACAAACUAGAUACGUCUCAAGCAUCUUCAGUGCCCCUUCAGCUAACAAAAAAUAAAGCGUUUGAGCCUGUUUCUCAAAUUAUUUAUCGGCCAAUUGAUUCUCAGCCCUCCACUCAUGUUGGCACAGAGAUCCCCAUCAACCUCUCAGUUGGAUCAAGCACAGGUGGAGGAACUUUCCAGACCACCACUCCUGUCACUAUUGCACCAACUUGUGUUGCAAGUUGUGUUGCCAAUGGAUUGAAUACGGGUACAACCACAGUGGCAGGAGCUGUUGAUCUUAGCACAACAAAACCAUUCCAAACUGUGGUAUCCGUAGAUGGUGCUUCGGCAGAAACGGUCACAGCUGUAAUCACAGAUGAUGAUGGCAAACCAGUGGAUCUGACUGCAGGAAAAAGAGCUGUAUGCUGUGAUGUUGUCUACAAGCUCCCAUUUGCCAGAAGCUGCACUGCUCAGCAACCUACCACACCCUUGCCUGAAGACCGUUUUGGAUAUCGUGAUGACCAUUAUCAGUAUGACCGAUCACCUUAUGGCAUGAGAGGGUUCGGUGGAAUUAAACCAUCGAUGUCAGACACAAACCUAGCAGAAGCUGGCCUGUUCUUUUAUAAGAGUAAGAACAGCUAUAAUUUCAGUGGCACCACAGAGGGUGCAGUAGAUCUUACCUCAGCAAAGCUUUCUGAUGCAGGUGAAGCUGUUGACUACUCCAAGAAAGGGACUUACGCAGGAAUGACAAUUCCACCCUAUUCCCAAGCCAGAGUUACAAGUGCAGUUGGUACACUCUUUGGUACAAGCAGCGUCUUGAGGUCAUCAAAUGGCGUGGUCUAUUCCUCUGUUGCAGCACCAAUCCCAUCUACGUAUGCCAUUACCACCCAACCUGGGUCCAUCUUUAGUACAACAUACAACACUCUGUCAGGUAUGCAUACCAGCGACACCAUGCCUUCCCUGUCCAACCUCCAGAGCUUGCCACUUACCCGGUCCCACAGUUUCCUGUCCACCAUCUCCACUACUGCAACAGAAGAACAGGGAGAUGCCCCACUCAAUCUGGAGAUCUCUAGAGGGGGUACUACUGCUGCUGAUUCAGUCACCACAGCAACAACCUCUUUAUCCCUUGACACCUACACUGAUGCAUCCCUGGAGGCCAUAGCUGCUUCACUGGAAGCUCUGUCCUCACCCAUGGUUCCUGGGGAUGGCCAAUAUCAGGUAGAGCGUGAGAGGCUAGAGAUGGAGAAACUCAAGCAACAGCGCCUGGCUGAGGAAUUAGAGUGGGAGCGCCAGGAGAUUCAGCGGUUCCGUGAGCAAGAACAGCUCCUAGUACAGAAGGAACUGGAGGAGCUGCAGGCUAUGAAGCAGCAGAUCCUGGCCCAACAAGAAGAGGAAAGACAGGCUCACUUAAUGAUGCAGAAAGAAACCUAUGCCCAACAACAGCAGCAGCUUGAGCAGAUUCAGAGACUUCAAGAGCAACUGCGGGUGCAACUGGAAGAGCAAAAGCUUCGUCAGAUGUACCCUGGUGGGGACAUGCCAGGGCAUGGCUUGCAGGAGGCACUUGUCUUAGGACCUGAUGGCACAGUGCUGGCCCGGAAAAUUACGGAUAGUGGAUGCCAGACAGAUGAUGAGGAUGAGACUGUCAGCAAAGCUUACACAGCAGGGAGAAAAAAGAGAAGUGCUAAAAAGAGUGUUGACAGUUGUGUGCAGACUGACGAUGAGGAUCAAGAGGAAUGGGAAGCUCAGACCAGAAGCCGACAAAGCCGGCCACGCACGGCCAGGGGUGAUAGAGGUGGCCAGUCAGAGAUGUCUCUUCAAGCCCAUACUGAGAUUUCUAUACAAACAGAUACAGAGGGAAACAUUAGAAUGGACACCAGGGUGGAGCUGUCGGACUCUGAGAGGACCUCACCAAAGAAACGACCUACCCCCUUAGAAAUAGGCCAGUCUCCUAACCUCAAAGUUGAUUCCUCUACGCUUCAAGCCCCUCCUAAAUCUCCAAAAGUGCUCUAUUCCCCCAUAUCCCCCUGCAUAUCCCCCAGCAAAUCCCUUGAGUUUGUGUCCUAUGAGAAAUCACUGGGUGAUACAAGCCCACAAAAGCUAAGGGGAAGUACAGAUCCAUCAAAAGCCUCUCCAGCAAGUCCCAGGGGACCAAAAGCCAUGCAGAGAUCCAUGUCUGACCCCAAGCCCAUGAGUCCAACAGGAGAAGAAAAGGCAACAUCUGGCACCCAGUAUGGUGAUAGCUAUACUGGGAAAGGCUCAGGUGGCACACCAACAGGCACUCAAAAGAAGGUGAAGAGGACUCUCCCCAAUCCACCGUCAGAGGAUGAGUCCACAACCAGUAGCCAGACAGCAUACAGCACUGGUUCUGCCCGCCGAAGAAUGUGCCGCAAUUCUAACAUGGCACGUGCCAAGAUUCUGCAAGACAUUGAUCGUGAGCUAGAUCUGGUGGAACGUGAGUCUUCCAAGCUCCGCAAACGACAAGCAGAGCUCGAUGAGGAGGAGAAAGAGAUUGAUGCCAAGUUGAGAUAUUUGGAGAUGGGCAUUAAUCGGAGAAAAGAUGCGCUGCUGAAAGAGAGAGAGAAGAGAGAAAGGGCCUACUUACAGAGUGUUGCUGAGGACAGAGAUUACAUGUCAGACAGUGAGGUUAGUAACAUCCGAGAGACUAGAGGUGGGCAUGGAGGUGGUGAAGAUGAAGAGAUUGAAGGUCAUGGUCUUGAACGUCCCAGGACAGCUCCUCAGUCAGAAUUGGAUGACUUUGUCCCACCUCAAACCAAGCAUGAGUAUGGAAAAUACUCCCAGUAUCAAUACCCACAAAGCCAAUACCAGCAGACUCUGUAUCAGACACCCCAGUCCUACCAGUCUCAUUCCAUCUAUUCCUCUGUCCCCUCGCUCACUAGCUCCCAGCAGCAGAGUUACCACCAGAUGCUCUUGUUGCAGCAGAAAGCUGCCAGACAAGCAGCCCUCCUCUCAGAGCUGGAUGCAACUAAAUAUGAUGUCAUUAGUCGCCAGCCUGAUCCCACAUCUUCAGCUUACCUGGGAGUCAAGUAUGACAAAUACGGCAACCACCUAGACCUCAGAGCCUUGGAGGUGGGAAGUAUAGCAGGUAGCCCCAUGUCAGCUGUCUCUGAUUCCUAUUACCCAGAUGUAGAUCACCAUACGCCUCGGAGUUACAUGCUGCUGGAAGACGCUGCAGAACUGGCUAAGAGCUCCACAGGCCUGUCUUCAUCUUAUAGCCUGGCUGAGAGGGAGCUAGCCAAGGCAGAGAAGCUGCUGCGAAGAAGUGCUGCAGAUCUGGGGUCUACUGACUAUCUGGGAUCCACCUCCAGACUCCAUACUUUUGGAAAGACCCCUGAUGAAGAGGAUACAAUGGAGGAACCAUAUGAACUGAAACUCCUGAAGCAGCAGCUUAAGCAAGAGUUUAGGAGAAGUACGGGUGGGACAGAAAACUUAGAACAACUGACAGGUCUCUCCCAGCACUACUAUACGCCAAGCACUAGCAUCUCUAGUUACUCCCAAAGACACUACCCAAAGUCAGAAAAAUACAGCAUCAGUCGACUUACUCUAGAGAAGCAGGCAGCUAAACAACUCCCAGCAUCUAUGUUGUACCAAAAACACAAGACUCCACUAUUAGAUCCUAAAAUCUCCUCCAAGUAUUCCUCUAUUACAGACAGCAGAGGUCUGGAAACAGACUAUACCAGCUAUCUGGGGUCUACGAGUGCAUCUCCAAGAUCCAGCCGGCUUAUGCAGGAUGAAAUUACCUUUGGCCUUCGUAAGAAUAUUGCUGAGCAGCAAAAGUACCUUGGGUCCACCUUGGGUGCCAACUUGGCUGGGUCACUAAAUUUGGGCCAGAGUUUGGGAUUGGACUCUGCUUAUCCUAGUGGUAGCCGCUCAAGACCCUCAUCCAGGCCCACGUCUUGCUAUGGCCUGGACUUGUCUAUCAAAAGGGACCCUUCCAGCUCCUCAUUGAGGCUUAAAGGGGACGGUGAAGCAUCUGGAGACGGACCAAGUUAUCAAACCCCCUCUGGUCGCACUAAACCCACCAGCCUUCCUAUUGUGCAAAGUGGACGUGGCCGAAUACCUAUAGUGGCCCAGAACUCAGAGGAAGAGAGUCCCUUGAGCCCUGUUGGGCAGCCUAUGGGCAUGGCACGUGCAUCGGCUGGACCUCUGCCACCCAUCUCAGCUGAUUCAAGGGACCAGUUUGGUUCCUGCCUCUCCUUGCAGGACUCCCAGCAGCAGCAACAUAUCAGGGAAGAGCCAACCAGGGGUAGGGGUUAUGUGCUUCUGGAUGACCUUCAGGGCACCAUGUCAGAUAGUGAAGCCCUAAGUGAUUCCCUGAUGGCUUUGAACAGAGACGAUGCAGCCAAUGCAUACCACCUUAGACGAGAAGAGACGGACUGGUUUGACAAACCAAGAGAUGGGCGCUCAGAGAACGGACAAGAAAAGAGACAGGGAAAAGGCCCAUUCUACCCCUUCCCUCACCUCAGGGUCAAACUGCAAAGGGAUCCCAAAGACCGCAGUGUCUCAGGAAAUGGUCUGGGUAUCCGCGUGGUUGGAGGGAAAGAGGUCCCUGGCAGUAAUGGAGACAUUGGAGCUUAUGUUGCCAAAGUCCUACCUGGUGGAGCUGCAGAACAAACAGGAAAGAUUCUUGAAGGAAUGCAAGUCCUGGAGUGGAAUGGAGUUCUUCUGACGGGGAAAACCUAUGAAGAAGUACAAGGGCUCGUCGGACAGCCGUGCAGUGAUGCAGAAGUGUGCGUCAGACUCGAUCUCAACAUGCUGGCUGAGACUGACGGUUCCCAGCACCUGAAUUUCCAGGAGCAUGGCAAAGGUGACAGACCUCCCAGGUCUCCAGGGGUUGACCCGAAGCAGCUGGCAGCUGAGCUGCAGAAAGUGUCGCAGCAGCAGGCUCCCACAUCAAGCUCCUCCUCAGGCCUGCCCGCCACCACCUCCGCGACCUCCAGUCCUGCUCAGCCAGGCUCGCCAUCCGUCAGCAAGAAACGCCACAGCAGCAAGACUGCAGAGGGAACGAAGACCCUGUCCCACCCCAUCUCUGGAGAGAUUCAGCUUCAAAUCCACUACGAUAAGCAGCUUGGCAACUUGAUCGUCCAUGUCCUGCAGGCCAGAAACCUCGCUCCGCGGGACAACAAUGGCUACUCUGACCCAUUUGUUAAAGUGUAUCUCCUGCCAGGGAGAGGUCAGGUCAUGGUUGUCCAGAACGCCAGUGCUGAAAACAAGAGGAGGUCCAAACCUGCGGGCAAGAGUCUCAACCCCGAGUGGAACCAGACUGUCAUCUAUAAGAACAUCCACCUGGAGCAGCUGAGGAAGAAGACCCUGGAGGUGAGCGUAUGGGACUAUGACAAGUGCUCCUCUAAUGAUUUCUUAGGAGAGGUCCUUAUUGACCUGUCCAACACCGCCCAGCUGGACAACGUCCCGCGGUGGCUCCCCCUGAAGGAGCAGAGCGAGGGGGAACACCACCGGCGCUCCCACUCAGGCCAGGGCCGACACAGUUCCUCUAAACCCUCCUCACAACACUCCUCCCCCAAAACCACUGGCUCCUCACAUGAUAAUCAGGAUUCCCCAAAAUCAUCUGUCAUCAAGAGCCGAAGCCACGGGAUCUUUCCAGAUCCGGCCAAGGACACGCAGGUGCCCACUAUCGAGAAAUCUCACAGUAGCCCUGGCACAUCGAAGCCUUCCCCGUCCGAGGGCCAGAGCCAAAGCCACAGCCAUGGACACAGCCAACACUCUCGCUCGCACGGCGCUUCACGCUCCAGCAAAAGCGCCGCACGGCAACACCAUCAGGACAGCGGCACUGGAAGCAGCGGAGGCGCUGCCAUAGCAACGGGCGAUGCCCCACAGCAGUCACAGCAGCAGCCGCCGCAACGCCUCCAACCAAGCCAAAGAGGCCGCCUCUCACUGAGGCACCAGAGACACAGCGUAGUGGGCGUGCUCACCAUUCAGAGAGCCCAGUCCGAUUGGCUGCCUGCCCUGCCAUCGGUUGUGUCGGCCAAAGGGAGCAGAGCAGACGGCAGACACCUGACCCUCAGGAAAGCUGUGUCAGAAGAGAGGCCGCAGAGCACCGGAGCUCGGUCGAGCUACAGAUCCAGCGACGCCCCAGUGACAGCGGCCUCAUUGGACAGCGGCCUGAGUGGCAGCGCCUACAGCCUAUUGGAUGAAGAAGCAGAGACAAACGAGGUGGACAGUGCCAUCUUCCAGGUGCCCCGAUUUGGAAAGAUCCCAAACGGCACAGACGUGAUGAAAUCAUCAAUGGGACACGGUGACAGUGAAGGUAAAUCCCAGGUAAUGGGGGAGAUAAAGAUCGCUCUGAAGAAGGAGAUGAAGACGGAGGGUGAGCACCUGGUCCUUGAGAUUCUUCAGUGUCGCAACAUCACCUACAAGUUCAAGACUCCAGACCACCUGCCUGAUCUUUAUGUGAAGCUGUACGUGGUGAAUAUUGCCACCCAGAAAAGGAUCAUCAAGAAAAAGACCCGAGUGUGUCGUCAUGAUCGUGAGCCGUCUUUCAACGAAACCUUCCGUUUCUGUAUGAACCCCACCGGACACGCUCUGCAGCUGUUCCUGGUGUCCAAUGGUGGCAAGUUUGUGAAGAAGACGCUGAUCGGGGAGGCCUACGUUUGGCUGGACAAAGUCGACCUUCGCAAGCGAGUGGUGAGCUGGCACAAGCUGCUCGCCAGCACCGCCCAGAUCCACUCAUAGAAGAAGACUAAAUCAAAAGAAAACUAAACCUGAGAGGGCACAAAGAGGUUUCUGACAUCUGGGGACACUAAGGUCCAUCAUCUGUAACGCUGGUCCACUCUUGUUGGAUGGGAGAAAGGGUGGUAUGGGUACAGGACGGGGCAAAAAAUAUCUCUUUCUUCAAUCUUUGUUUCAGGGCUCGGAUAGCUGGAGUUUUGGAAGGUGACAAAGAAAGAGUUCAGGUGGUUUUCUGUCAUGUCGGACGUUAGGAGGAAGAAUUUAUGUGUUUACAGGAAAUGAACACAUGUUUACAGGACAUACAGUGUACAGUAGUGUGGCCAGGGCUGAGGAGAACACAAGUGCUGAGUUCGGAGGUCAAGUGCGGAAUCAACCAGGUAUUACACACUUUAAUUCACAAACACACACACACAUGCACAUGAUUAUUUACGACUACUUUGCACACAGUCACUCACGCAGAAGAGAAAUUUUAAUUCUAAUAGAUACAGGGAAUGGACACACUUGUAGAUUAUAAUUUAAUUUAUUUAGCUUAGUUUUACCCAUGAAAGGUUUUCCUCGUUGCUUUAUAAUGACCUGCAGAGUUUUAUUGAUUUACAAAGCAUUUUGAGAAUGAGAUAUUGAAGACUCCCCUAUGGAGACCUCUUAUUUAUUUUUGUAUUAUGAUAUUUAGCAUAGAGUUCUAUCAUUUGUCUUCUCCGCAAUUAUUUAAGUACUUAAAAAUCUAUCCUGGGAAGGAAGCAUAGUAUAUUUUAUAACACACUACCUAUCAUUCCAGUUCAAGAGAAAAAAAAUCCCAGCAAGCAUGUUUUUGAAUCUAUUAAGCCCAUCUUUUUUUCGCUUUAAGUGUAAACUAAGUUCUAUCAAAUUAUUGUUUGAUAAAUGAUAAAUAUGAAUAUGUCGCAAAUUGGACACUAUAUAUUGUGCGCAUGAGUCUAUCUACUGUAUUUGGUAUGCAGUGCCACAUGUUCUGCACAAAAAAAAAAAUCACCUCUAAGGUUCACUUUGUAUAUAGUGAAGUGAGUUAGCUGGAAAUUAAUUAUAACAUAUAUAGAUAGAUAUAUAGAUAUCUUUAUCACAGACAAUCGAGUCUUGGUGAUUGUGACAUAGAGGUUUUAUUUAUCGAUGACGCCCCUUAGAAUGUGAGACAUUUACCGUUUGAGAUUUAAGCACCUCUUGUUUUUUCUUUGUGAGAUCCAAGCACAUUAUGAGUCUUACAUCAGUCCUGCUUUGGUUCGUAAGGGCAGUCAACUCAACAACACACGCUUUUGUGGUAUUUUGCACUUUUCCUGCUUAGAAUGUAAAACUGAUGCCAUCAUCCUGCUAAAAAUGAGAUAACCAGAGAUUUUUUUUUUUAUUUUCUAAGGUGAGGAAGUAGAGAGGUAAGGGAAAAAAAAGGGAUGACAACAACAUCAGGAGAUAUUGUAGCGAACAAAAGACAAAUGUGCUGGAAACUAUCUAUGAAAAACCACUAUUAUCAUUCUAAGAUACGACAAUGCUAUUCCAGUAGCAUGUUGAUGUUAUGUCGCAGCUUUUUUUGUCAAGUCUGUGUUGUCUUGAUAUUAACAGUUACACUUCAAACUGCAACGCUGUGUCUUUAGAUAUUUAUUACGGCCAUUUUGUCUUGAGGACGGUCAUCCUGUGUGCUUGUACGGGGGUCAAGAAGCGAGGCAGCUGGUUCAUUCAACACUUUCAGUCAAACCUAGCAGCGAAACUACACUUAAUAUCGGAGUGAUUUCUAUGCAACGUCUACUGUAUAAAGGUGGUAACUGCAUCUUGACUUGCUAGAAGUGUGACACUUUGAGGGAGAGGAAGCAUUUCUAUUUAUUUUUCUUUUGCACUGCUGUGUUUUUAUGUCCUACUCGAAAUGGUUACUGCUUUAAUAUGAUUUUUUUAUUUAUUUGAUGUAUUAUUUUGUAUUGCUAUAUGAAUCUUUAUUUAUUGCCUGUGAGACUAUUUCAUAUGUUGUAUUAUAUUUGUUUACAGUACAUAUCAGGUGUACAUAAAAAAGUUGAGAAAUUUUGUUUUUAUACACAAUGUAGUGCUUGUUUACAAUGUUUAGAGGGCCUGAAACUCAGAGAACCAACUUUUUUGCCCUUGUGCACGAACACUCACUCACAUACGAAAAUAAACAUGCAGAGAUCCUGAAUUUCACCUAGUUAUGAAUCAAGAUUAGACAAAAAAAAAGAAGAACAUUCCUAUUCAAAUGAUUCCCAUCUUUUUAUGCACUCCCCCUUUCAAUAGUUUCAUUUUCCAGUAUGUGUAUGAGAAAUUACCAAAAAAAGAACAUUGUAAUCAGUGGACGUUAUACCUGAAACAAUAGUGGUUUUAGGUUAGUGUGUGUGUUUUGUUUUUGUUUUUUUCUUAUUUUUUAUACCCAUGUGCUUGUGUGUGUGUUAGCAUCUUCAUACCAAGUCCAUGCAUGUCACUGGCUCCAAUGCAUAUCCCUUCUUUUAAGUGUUGUCUGUCUAAAAAUAUGGACUUUAAAAUCUCUCGUUACACACAAAGAAUCACACGCGCUCACACACACUCACACACACACAUAGAUGCCAUCUCUCUAUUUCCAACCUUGUAAAUACAUAGCUUUUUUAUACUGGGGUUUGGGGAGCAAUAGGUCUUUUAGCAGACAAAAAAAAAAAAAACGGUGUGUGAUCAUAGAAGUAACAGGAAAUUGUUUUUCUCUUGAUCAAUGUACAGUGGAUAGACUGAGAAACGACUUUAUGUCUGUCUAUAGGGACCCAGAUUAACCAGACCCUCUACACCAAACACUAAAGGUUUACCAGAGUCUAACUACACAGACGUCUAUCUUAACAACUCAAGUAGUUGCAGGAGAAUUUAAAUGUGCUCACACUGGAUGUUGCAUGUUUCGUUGGUGGUUCAUACUAUUUUUGUGUCCAGAUAUUAUUAAAGAAAAAAAAAGAAUGAGGUAGAGAAAGAUAUAGAACAAAAUGUUAUAGAGAGGGAACUUAUGGAGAAAACCUAUUAAAAUUAUCGAUGAUGUAUGCUGACUGUACAAAGAUUAUGCUUGUAAAACCUGUCUGGUUUUUCACUUGUAAGUAAACAGAAAAAAAUCUACUGUCAUGGUUUUGUGAUUGUAUACAGGAGGUAUUGAUAAAUUAUGCAAAUUGUGCUGUAAAAAUGGCUGUUGCCCCAUGUCUAAAUAUUAAAUAUCAGUACAAAUGAA